AUGGGAAUGCAAGGCCCUUUGACCGCCCAGGCACUUGGGCGGUCUCCAUACGACGAUGUCGUUGAAUGGGAUGAUGAUCAUGACGACCUGCAGGAUGAUGAUGGCUCUGCCCAACAGUUCGAUCAUCGAGGUCGUCCUAUCAAUCGUGAAACGAAAAAGAUUAACAGAGAUAUUAUUCGAUCACAUAAUGAAGUUAUGUUGGUAAUUGGAGUUGCUGAGCAGGAAAACCCAACUUCAAACCCAGAAGCCGAAUCUGAUAAACGACAUGCAAUGUACGAGGAUGACGUUGGAGUAAACCUUGCCUUCUCAGCUCUUCGUUGUGUGGAUGCUGCUGGCGCAUUCGGGCUGGACGGUUUCCGGCAACGAAUACUGAUUUACAGGCGAUAUUCCCAUGUCCCGUUCUGGGAUCUCUAUGCGCAAUCACGAAACACUUUUUCCAUCUCCAGAGAUCUCUUACCCGGCGCAUCAGUUAAUCUUCUUAGUAUUUAUGCAGACCGACAAGUGGCUCUGCUCUGGCGUGACCGUGCCGACAGGUUUUUUGCGCGCCGAUUAGUCCAUGAAGUAUGGUCGUACGUGCGGGUUCACCUAGAGCUCUAUGUUGCUCUGCAGAGGCUUGGCCUAGCCUCAAGCACCAACUGGCUUCCCAGCCUGUCUUUCUUCGUUCCCUUCACUCAGGAUUCGCCCAUCCCGGCCCCUCCGCCACUUAACGGUCUUUCUUUCCAGUCUAUACUUGAGUGGAUCGGGGGCUUGUGUGUGUCCUCGACACCUUUCCUCGUUUGGGUUAUGACUCAAAGAUUGAUUCGAGAUUGGAGACCACAGAUAUGGGCUAGGAUUUUCAGGCAAUUGCCAAACACCGGCUCCCCUCCAGGGAUAAUCGCCGGAUGGAUCCCAGCCGAAAGACCCCGCGAGAGGCCAGAGCAUCGACGCAACCGUAGCGCUGUUGAUGAUGUGUCACCUAUAAGACCUAUAGACGGACAAAUGCCCAGUGACACUGGUCCGGUGGAAGCUGUCCGACGACCAAGCACUUUCUCCGCACGAGGCGACGACUACGCAAGUGACGAGGAGGACAAUGAAGGAGUCAGCGCUACCCUAAUCAGCUUCGAUGUUGAAGCUACUGCAGAAUCAAGCGAAGCGCCUCCUGGUCUCUGGAGUGCUGAGUUGAGGCCGAGUGUUGAUGCAAGGGGGGCGCUGAUACCUGCAACCUCUUACUGCGAUACUAUGUUAACACAACUCCCUCCUCUCAUAGCCUCACACAUCUUUGCCGACGCUGUAUUGAGGCUAGUCACUGCGCCGUGGGAAGCGACUGCUCUCCGCCUGGUAGCGCACACUUUCCGUCAACGGCUUGGCCUCCCAUCCCAUGAUAUAUGUGGUAUCAAUUUGCUAAGUCAGCUUAAUCUCACGUUUGCUAUUAAUUUUCUCGGGACUCAGGUAUUGCAUCUGGCUUUGUGUGGCGAAAUCUGGGCUGCAUUCACAGCUGUUGCCACUGUUCUACACACUACCCCUGAGGAAUGGCGUGAAACUGAAGAGGAAGAGCAAGAGAGAAGAGAAGAGUGGACAGAUGAUGGGAGUUGA